UCUUGAGACGGAAACAAAGAAAACAUUUGCUUCUAUUUGGUUGGAUUCUAGAAAUAUAAAAAGGGUUUUCUCUUUGGUGAUCAGGGAAGUUUUUACAAGAUUCAUCUGGCCUCUUCUUCUUCAUCUGAGAGAAAUAUGGGGUGGCAUACUUGUCUUGAUGAAUAUGAGAAGCUUGUGAUAAGGAUGACUACUCCCAGGGUGGUGAUUGACAAUGCCGUUUGCCCAACUGCGACUCUGGUCAAGGUUGACAGUGCUAGAAGACACGGGAUUUUGUUGGAAGCUGUUCAGGUUCUAGCAGAUCUGAAUCUUUCAAUUAAAAAGGCUUACGUUUCAUCUGAUGGCCAGUGGUUCAUGGAUGUUUUCCAUGUGACUGAUUUAAACGGAAACAAAUUAACUGAUGAGAGCGUUAUCAGUUGCAUUGAGCAGUCCCUUGAGACCACUGAUCCUGAUAGAAGCCACAAGUUUGAUGGUCUAACAGCGUUAGAAUUGAAUGGGACAGAUAGAGUUGGUCUUUUAUCAGAAGUAUUUGCAGUUUUAUCUGAUCUACAAUGCGAUGUGGUAGAUGCUAAAGUAUGGACUCACAAUGGUCGGGUUGCUUCUUUGAUUUAUGUAAAGGACCGAAAUUCAGGGUCUCCGAUCGAGGACUCACAACAAAUCGACCGAAUUGAAGCGCGUUUAAGGAAUCUUUUGAAAGGAGACAAUGAUAUUCGUAGCGCGAAAACUUCAGUUUCUAUGGCUGUAACACACACCGAGAGAAGGUUGCAUCAAAUGAUGUUUGCAGAUCGUGACUAUGAGAGGAAGCCUAUUCUGCAACACAAGGUAGAUUCACCUGUGGUGGUCACUGUGCAAAAUUGGGCUGAAAAGGGUUAUUCGGUUGUGAAUGUUCAGUGCAAGGAUAGAACAAAGCUUCUGUUCGAUGUCGUUUGCACGCUGACCGAUAUGCAAUAUGUUGUGUUUCAUGCAACCAUCAACACAGCUGUGGAUAAAGCAUAUCUGGAAUUUUAUAUUAGGCACACAGAUGGAUCUCCAAUUAGUUCAGAACCUGAAAGACACCGUGUGAUUCAGUGCUUGCAAGCUGCAGUUGAAAGAAGAGCAUCUGAGGGCAUAUGGCUGGAGUUAUGCACAUCAGAUAGGCAGGGUCUAUUAGCAGAUGUGACCCGAACGUUUAGAGAGAACGGUCUUAACGUGACGAGGGCCGAAAUAUCAACCAUGAUGGACAUGGCUUUAAACGUGUUUUACGUAACCGAUGCAAUCGGGAACGUAGCAGACCCCAAAAUCAUUGAAGCUGUAAGACAAAAGAUAGGUUUAGGGAACUUAAAUGUGAAGGGAUUGCCAUUGAUAUACCAUGAAAAGGCAGAAAGGGAAGAGAAAGCUGUAGGUGUAGGUGGGGCAGUUUUAUCACUUGGGAACAUCGUUAGAAGGAAUCUCUACAAUUUGGGGUUGAUUAAAUCUUAUUCUUGAAGUGGAAACCAUGGGUAUUCUGAGUGACAAAUGGCAUAUUCUUUGCUUUUCAGGUUUUAUUUGGCAUGUGUACAUAUGAAAAAGAUAGAAAAAAAGGUGGAAUUUGGUGAUAGUAGUUGUUAUAGGUGGGUUUGGUUGUUUAUUGGAGAAGAUUUUGGGAAAGAGGAAAGCUUUGUUUGGGAGGGAAGAAUUCGAAUGGGAAUGAAAAGAAAGUUGGUGGCUGGCAGAUUGAAUAUC